GUUGAACUUUACAGAUCUGGUAUGUGCUGUAAUUGUUUUACUUGGGUUUAGGUUCAGUCGAUAUCACAUUCUCAUUUUUACUCGGUGAUGUUGAAUAAACUUUGUAGCGCGCAGACAGACAGCAGAGGCUUUGUAUUCAACAUGGAUGCGAGCGUCAAGUGGAAUUUGAAGUUUCGGUACAGGCAUACAACGUCACUGGAAUGCAAUGUAAUGGUGGUGUCCUGACAAAAAAAAAAAAAAGGCAAAAAGAAAAGACAAUUCCUCCAUUGAACUUGUGUGCCAUAACUGCAUGCAUAAGUGAAGACACCAGAUUCGGUAGCCUAUUUUAAUUCAUCCGGCUCUGUGGAGUAUUGGCAGAUACACAGGAGGGCCCACAAAGACGCAAGGUUUUCCAGCAUGAACCGGGCUUUUAACAGGAAAAAAGACUUGUGCAUCCAAUUACCACCCAGUGAAGGCAUGGCUGCCUGUGAUUCAGAGGUAAUGGCAUGCGCAGGGACGUCAGAGGAGACCAAGAUGGCUGCAUGUUCUGCGGUUGUGAAGCUUUUUUUCCCCCACUCACCAGAAGUUCUAUGCUUAUCAAACAGAGAUAAAUCCUGGAUGCAUACGCCAGAAGCCCUGGCAAAGCAUUACAUUCCCUACAAUGCCAAGUUUCUUGGGAACACAGAGGUGGAUCAACCGAAGGGCACAGAGAUUGUUAAAGAUGCAGUUAGAAAGCUAAAGUUUCAAAGGCAUAUCAAGAAAUCAGAAGGACAGAAGACCCCGAAAGUGGAAUUGCAAAUCUCCAUUUAUGGCGUAAAGAUCUUGGAUCCCAAGACAAAAGAUGUUCAGUACAACUGCCAGUUGCAUAGGAUAUCCUUCUGUGCCGAUGACAAGACCGAUAAAAGGAUAUUUACCUUCAUCUGCAAAGACUCUGAGUCAAACAAACACCUCUGCUACGUGUUUGACAGUGAGAAAUGUGCUGAGGAGAUAACACUCACUAUUGGCCAAGCAUUCGACUUAGCCUACAAGAAGUUCCUCGAGUCCGGUGGCAAAGACGUUGAAACCCGGAAACAGAUAGGAACCUUACAGAAAAGAAUUCAAGAACUGGAAACUGAAAAUUCGGAGCUAAAGAAGCAGCUUUCGGAUCUUGAGGAGCAAUUGAUGAUUGCUCCUGUACCACCACUGCUGCACAUAAACUCUACUAACGAGGCCUACAUGCUCUCCAGGCCCUCCUCGCUCUUCUGGUGUCACAAUCUGACGUCUUUCUCAUGUCUCGAGAUCUCCUCGGUUACACUCACCCCUAUGAGCUCGCCAGAGUCCAACCUCUCUGCAGGGCUACUAACCCCUCCUCCGGCUAAACCCGCUCUCCUUCCAAAGCCCACAAAUGGACGCAGCAUCCCGCGGCCUCGUGCUGGCAGCAUCUCCUUAAAACCCCAGAUGUCCACAGAUGUUUUUGACAUGGUUCCUUUCUCUACUGUGACACCCCUGGUGCCAAUACCAGCAAGCAACGGCACACCCCCUCUACACUCUACCACAUCUCCUUCAGACAUGAGUAAAGACCUGUUUGGUGCGGAACCUUUUGAUCCAUUCACCUGUGGCCAAGCCGACUUCUCCCCGGAUAUCCAGUCCAAGCUGGAUGAGAUGCAGGAGGGGUUCAAUAUGGGACUAACGUUGGAGGGGGCCGUCUUUUCUCUGGACCCCCUAGACGGUCGCUGCUGAUGCCAAGAAGGACACGUCUCUCAACUCAUUUGUAAUAAAAGUGCCAAAUUGGGUCCGCAGUCAAGAUGUCAAUGUUGUUGUUGUCUUGAGGUUUAUAUGUAUUUGCAUAUGAACUUGGGUUUUAGACUAUUAUAUAAAGGUAUAUUCACAUCUCGAAUAGAAAGCACUAUUUUUGUAACAACUCAAAUGGGAAGGAAUUGUUUUGAGAGCCCUUGCUUGUACAUGCGAUGAAGGCUGUUAAUAGUAUGUUCAAGGGCACAUUACGUGGCAACAUUUUGGUACGUCUUAUGUGUAGAAUACAGUAACAUUGUUACCACGUUCGUGUUUGUCAGACGUUACUUUAGCAUCAAUUUACAAGACACCUAAAUGGUAGCAUCUCUUGUAUUAACACUCAUCAAGCUGUAAGCUUGCCUUUACAUCAACUUUUUUUUUCAUGUAUCUUUAGUUGACUGUAAUUGAUAUAUUUCUUGUCAUUGUGACCUGACAUUAGUUUUAUUGGUUUUAUAAGCAUUUACCAUAUCGGUGUGUAUUGCAAUUUAUUUUACUUUCUUAUGAAAUAUGUCAGUAUUUUCUUGCACCAGAAAGCACUUUUGAAAACCUCUGUCUAUAUCCACUUGUACUUUAAGUUUGUAUGCAAUAUGACUUUGCUGUUACAGUUAUUAAAGAAAGUUUUACUCCA